AUGAGUACCCCACCACCGAGCGAGAUCAGCGUAUAUAUGAAGAAAGAAGUUCCUGAAUUUACAGUAAAUAUCUCUUUCGACCCUGAAACAUUAAUGCCAAUAAGACCCGAUGGUAUCACGGACGAACAAUUCAAGCAAGGAUGUCCGGAUGAGAAAACUGAACGCUAUCUGCAAUAUCUACGCGGGAUCAAAAAUAGGGAGCAGCCAGACCAAAGCAUUAUCUCCGUAGUCGACCUGCAUGCUGAGGGCUAUCCUCAGCUGGCGGCUGCCAUCAAUAGUGAUGAAAGAUUCAUGUUUUAUCGACGAUUUGGCUUUUUGCAAACACGACUUCUACUCAAUAAACAAGACGAAUUGCGAGCGCUAGAGGCUCGGCUCGAUCAUAAAGAUAGGUACUAUGGAAAGUACGAGCCCGCAAUGCUCUAUUCCCAAGAACGCUUCAAUAUUACGGAUGACGAUAACAGGAAUCUUCUGGCUGAAAUCGAAAAGAAAUUCAAUGAAUAUGGUCAACUUUUGACGCAUGCUCGAACCUUAGCAAGCUUCGAUAAACCCAGGGAAUCAGAUCGUCUGCGAUUGAGGGACUACUCCGAUAGUAAUCCUCUCUGUUAUAGGGAUAGUGAAUGGCUCUUGCGAAAAGAUGACCACAUCACUCUCAAGCCCACUAGAGAUAACACUUGGUUGGACACGGUCAUUGAACAAAUACCGCAGUACUUUCCAUGCCGCUUGACACGCUACAUAUUCUGUACUACAGUAUUGCGACAGAAAACAAACCCUGAAACUACGAAAAUAUUCCUAUCCGACCCUGAUCGCGUCAAUGCAAUAGCAUCACUUGUUCUCCUGACCACAGUUCUUGCACUCUUUGUCAUACCGGUUUGCAUUCUCUGGUAUCUGUGCCAAAUGUCAAUUCUAAGCCCCGCCAACAUUGGUACAAUCUUGGCAAUUCUUCUGCCCUUUACCUUCAUCUUCUCUGUAGUCAUAUCGCUCUUUACCCGCGCGAAACGUCACGAGGUUCUAGCUACAGCCGCUGCAUAUUGUGCUCUUCUUAUCUUGUCUUAUUUGUUGGGAGUGUUGAAAUCGUAG